UGUAUGUCUGCUGUGGUCCGACCCAGGAGAGCGGGUCGGACCGGGAGGGUCUGAACUGUGGGAUGGAGCCAAAGUUAUAAGCAAGGAAGUGAGGAGGGGCGGGGAGAAUGGGCCAGGGCUGGGAGACAAAGACCCAGAUGGCGAGGCCGGGAGGAACUGGAGUCCGCAGUCUUGGGGCGAGGGCGCCCGCUUUUGCUUUUUCGAAAGGCGCCUCUGCCCUGCGCCUUUUCCUCUUUGCUCUCCAGGUGUCUUUCUUUACCGAGGUGCCCUCUAAUCCCCGUUGCCGUAUCCUGGGGCUUUGCCCGCGCCUUGAGACAACGCCAGACCCCAAAACUGGGCCCCCGUUGUUCCACAAAGCUCUUCCCCAAAGUUGAGACUCCCAAGGCCUGGUCCCCAGGGGCGAAGAACUCAUCUUCCUCCCUCCCCUUUUCCGUACUUGACUCCUCUGAGAUUCCACCACCCACCGCGAUUGGUUUGUCUUUUCAGGACUCCGAGUCCAUUUGCAAGCGGACCCGCACUGCGAGGGCGGAAGGAGGAAAGCCCACCAGAGACCUACGGGACUGAGAGUAUACAAGCUAUCCUUGCCACUGAGGUGGGCACGGGAGCAGGACUUCAGGGCUCGCGUGUGUAAAAAAAGAAUGGCAGUACUUUCCCGGAAUACUUAGGACAGGGCCUGUCUAGCCCAGGUCAGCGGGCCAGGCGCGCGGGGAGGAGAACAGGCCGACAGCUCAAGAGGAGCACCAACUUCCCACGGGCUGAGCGCUCUGGAAACGGACUAGGCGGGACCCACACCUAACCGCACAAGCCGCACACUCAAAUUGGUGCCAUCGAGAGCGCGGCGUCCUUAAGAGCUCCCUGAAACCCCACCCCCUUCCUGUUCUUGGGGGCGUGGUGCGGGGCAAGGACCCCGUGACGGAGCUUGCUAUUGGCUAAGAUGAGUAGGGUUGGCCUUGCGUUCGCCUGAGCAGGGGAGUAGACAGCUCAGCCGCGGCGGAGGGAGUCUAUGCGCGCUGGACAGCAGUGGGAGGUGUGUGAGCCUCGCACUGGCCUCAGACCCUCGGGCGCAAUCGUCGGGGAGCUAGGACUCGGCGGCUGGACUGCCGGGCCACCCGGCCGAGGCUUCAGAGGUGCAAACUGAUGGGACUUGCUCGCUCGGCAGCGUCUCCCCGCUCUUAUAAGUACACUGAGCGGGGCCCGCGCUGAAGUAGAAGCUGUCGGGGGGCGCACAGCCCGGAGUCUCAGUGUGGCCUGGAGGAACGGAGCCCGUGCCUGGGCGCUCCGGUCGGGAGCCCCCGGAACGAGUUCGUGUGUUGGGGAGACUCCCACUUCUUCCCAAGGGUGCCGAUCCCGAAACGGUCGAGGCUUCUGGGCGACCGCAGAGUCUCCAGUGACGAGACCCCAUUGGGGAGAAGGCGCGCAGUCCCAAACAGUCUCGGAAAGCCGAGCGGAAUCCGGCGGGAUCACCCGGGGGCUCACAGCCCCCGUCGCGCCUCGUGCGGCGGAGAGGCCAGGGGAGCGAGCCCUCGGAGGCCGCAGCUCAUGCCCGGGUUGGGGGCGGCUGCCCAGUGAAUCUUCCUGGCCGGCGGGGCGGAGAAGAGCGACACCGAAGCCGGCGGGAGGGGAGCACUUCAAGGCCGGCGGCUGCGGAGGAUGGGCGCCUGAGCAGCUUGGAGUGCAGCGCGGCACGGGAAGGCGAGGCCAGCGUUGCUGAGGAGGCGCCAAGGGAUCCCAAAGUGCAGCCUGCCCCCCGGGAAGAUGGCCCGGCCUGGGCAGCGUUGGCUCGGCAAGUGGCUUGUGGCGAUGGUCGUUUUGGCGCUGUGCCGGCUUGCCACGCCGCUGGCCAAGAAUCUGGAGCCCGUGUCCUGGAGCUCGCUCAACCCCAAGUUCCUAAGUGGGAAGGGCCUGGUGAUCUACCCAAAGAUUGGAGACAAACUGGACAUCAUCUGCCCCCGAGCAGAAGCCGGGCGGCCCUAUGAGUACUACAAGCUAUACCUGGUGCGGCCUGAACAGGCAGCUGCCUGCAGCACCGUGCUUGACCCCAACGUGCUGGUCACCUGCAAUAGGCCAGAGCAGGAAAUCCGCUUCACCAUCAAGUUCCAGGAGUUCAGCCCCAACUACAUGGGUCUGGAGUUCAAGAAGCACCAUGACUACUACAUUACCUCUACAUCCAAUGGGAGCCUGGAGGGACUGGAGAACCGAGAGGGAGGCGUGUGCCGCACACGCACCAUGAAGAUCGUCAUGAAGGUUGGGCAAGACCCCAAUGCUGUGACGCCUGAGCAGCUGACUACUAGCCGGCCCAGCAAGGAGGCAGACAACACUAUCAAGAUGGCCACACAGGGCCCUGGCGGACGGGGCUCCCUGGAUGAUUCUGAUGGCAAGCAUGAAACUGUGAACCAGAAGGAGAAAAGUGGCCCCAGCGGGAGUGGAGGCAGCAGCGGGGACCCCGACAGCUUCUUCAACUCGAAGGUGGCGUUGUUUGCAGCCGUAGGCGCUGGCUGUGUCAUCUUCCUGCUCAUAAUCAUCUUCCUGACCGUCCUGCUACUGAAGCUACGCAAGCGGCACCGCAAGCACACGCAGCAGCGGGCGCCCGCCCUCUCGCUCAGCACCCUGGCCAGUCCCAAGGGGGGCAGUGGCACGGCGGGCACCGAGCCCAGCGACAUCAUCAUCCCCUUACGGACUACAGAGAACAACUACUGCCCCCACUAUGAGAAGGUGAGUGGAGACUACGGGCACCCCGUCUACAUCGUCCAGGAGAUGCCGCCCCAGAGUCCAGCGAACAUCUACUACAAGGUCUGAGGGCCCGGGCGGCCUCGGCCCCGAGGGACAGUUGGCCGGGACUGCACCUCUCCUUCCUCACCCAUGCCCCUCCCCUUGCCAGCUGUGCCCACCUUUGUAUUUAGUUUUGUAGUUUCUUGGCUUUUAUAAUCCCCCUUUUGCCCUGCCCCCUGGGCUUUGGAGGGGGGUGCUUGUGCCCCUAGCCCCCAUGCUCUUGUGCCUUCCCCCUCUGGCCAGGCCUCUGGGCUCUGCGGGGGCACCCCUUCUUGGAGGGCAGGGUCUGAUGCUGAUGGACAGCAAGCAGGGAGUCGCCCCCCCAUGGCCCUGCCCCCCUCCUCGCCCCGUUUCUCCCUUCCCAGGACUGCUUGUCCACUAUCAUCACUGUUUUUAAUGUUUUUGCGUUCAUUUUUUAGCUGUCAAUUCAUUUCCAUCUGGUGUUUUUUUUUUUUUUUUGAAGAAAAAUGGAAAAAUGGAAAAGGCAGCCCCUCCCCAGCUUUUCUGAGCCCGGCUGACCCCAGUAUAAGGGGCCUGGGGCAGGAUGUGGCCAGCCAGGAAGUACAGGAUGGCAUUUCUUUUAUAAACUCCUUGACAUUUGUUGGGUGGCGGGGUGGGCCAGGGCUGUUCUUGCCCACGAGGGAAGACGAGAGUGCCACUGGACAAGGUGUCUCACCCUUCCCCCACUGACCCUCCUUCUUCAGUGCUGAUCUUGGCAAAUGGGGUAGUGGCUGCCAUCCUUCCACCAAAAAAAAAAAAAAAAAAUCCCUUCCUUGUGGGAUUCUUGGGCAUCUCCUGCCUCCCUCACUCUCACGGUAAUUAACGUCUUAAUUGGCUGUUGCCUGGGGAACAAGAGAGCUGCUGCAGGCAGAUGACCUCAUGGGGGAUGGAGGGAGGUGAGGUGCCCAGGUGGCUAUUUGCCCUGCAGAGCUGGGAGUUCCCCCUUUCCCCUCUGCCCUGUUCUCCCCUCACCUUUAGCAUUUCAGCUUGGUGGGGAAACAGAGGCCCAGGGCAGAGAACUAAGCGGGUAUAAGGCCAGGUGGCCUGCUCCUUUUGUGGGCUCUAGCACAGGUGGGUGCACCCUCCCCCAACCCAGCUCCCACUGGCCCUGCAGUCUUGGGCUGGGGCUUGGAAAGAGGAAGAGGCUUGCCUAGGGCUGGGCUAGCACGCCGUGCACUUUGACCCCAGCUCCUUGCCAGCACGGCUGCUAACAGACUGCCACUUACAUGCGCCUUGCAGGCGCUCCCAGAGUGGCCAUGGAAGGAGCUGGGCCUCACAUCAUCCACCUCCACACUGCCUCCUGGCCAGCUGCCCACCCCAGUGCCAGGUGGGAGAGGGAGCGGAACAGCCAGCCCCUUCCAGGUGGCAGUCGGAAGGGUUUUUUGUUUUUGUUUUUGUUUCUGUUGCCAUUUGUGUAAAUACUAGUCUUUUUGGAAAAAAAAUAAUGUAAAGAUGUUUUGUAUAAACUCUGAAUUAUUUUCUUGUUGCUUUUUUCUUAGAAAAAAUGAGAACUAAAAAAAAAAAAUUUAACCACAUGGA